CAUUCAGCCGAUGAAAUUCGUGCUAUACAACGUUAUCAUUAUACCAUAGAAUCGUCUCUAAGUGUGCUUUGGUUCUUUGGUGUCGGCAUGUUUAUCGGCUUGAUUGCGACUCUUCCUGUUUAUACGAAUCAAAAGUUGCCCUUUCAUGCGAUAUUUCCAUUCGGUUGGCAUGAUCCCGAUAGACAUCCUUAUGCUCACGCUGCUGUCUAUGUGUGGCAAAUUUUUGCAUUGAUUAACAAUAUGUACGCAUUGCUCUUCUUAGAUUUGUUGAGUGUACACAUAUUUUUCCAGCUGGCUGCCAACAUGAAGAUCCUGUGUGUGGAGCUGCGUUGCAUGUCCAAGCUCCAUCGUCACGAUGUGCCACACUUUCGUGCCGAGCUGCGACGAAUUUGCAUAUUUCACCAGAAGAUCCUUGGCCUUGUGGAGCUCACCAACGAAGUAUUCUAUGGACCCAUGAUCAUGCAGAUGAUCGUGUCCUUUUUCUUGAUCUCCUUGUCCACAUUUAUCUCGCUGGUGGCUCGUCAUGAUCCCUCAGUGGCCGCAAGAUUCAUGCUCUUUAUGGUGCUCAGCUUUUUGCAUCUAUCCUACUGGUGCAUCGCUGGCAACAUGGUCAACGAACACGCAUUCAAUGUGGCAGGAGCUGCCUUUGAUGCCUACGAAUGGUCGCCACCUGUGCCGGAGAUUCAGCGUGAUAUCGCUUUCAUAAUACGACGGGCACAGAAAUCACUCUCAAUGGGUGCAGCUCCUUUUCCGCCCUUAAAUCUCACUAGUUACAUGGCUAUACUUAAGCAAUGCUACAGCAUACUCACAUUGAUGUUGGAGAGCCUGGAUUAAAUACUCUUGAAAACACUUAACAACGUAUUUGAAAUGCACCUGCUUAAUAUUAUUCUUGUUGCACAUAAUACUCAAUAAAAUA